AUGAAGCUUCUCUGUGGCCUCUUAAUCUGCACGGUUAUCGUCUCAAGUGCAUUCGCCCUCGAGUGUUACUUUUGUGACCCAACAAAUGGCUUAUCGUGCAACGAUGCUGCGAAUUUCAAGACCCUGAAAUGUCCAACAAAUCAAGCCGUUGAAUGUGUAUCAGUUCAUCACAAAUCUGCGAGUGGAACUAAUGUUACUCUCAGAGGCUGCAAUCCAAAGGGAUUCUGCGAACACAAGGAUAAAAUUCCGCUCUUGAAUGUGCUCGAAUGUCACAGUUGCACCAAAGAUUUGUGUAACAACUCCUUCCAACUGAAUGCUAACACAACAAUCAUCUCACUGCUAAUCAUUUCUGUCGCAUUGUUUUACUCAAAGUUGUUUCGUUAG